CGUUGGCAUACUACUAUUGUCGACUUUCGUUUUCGUUAUACGUAAGAAACUCAUACCCUUAUAAUCGCUCGUGAGGCCACACCUAUAUCCACAGCGAUUGUUUACACUGUAUACCAUCAUGCCCCCGACUCAACAAAAGUAUCCGUUCUGGUUAGGAGGUGAGAAUUCAGAGCAGGUGCUGCCGCGUCCAUGGCUGCAUGCUGUACACAUCCUCUUGAUGUGAUGAGAGUGCGAAUGCAAACCUCUACCACAAAAACCACAUUUAUCAACGCUGUGAGGACCGUGCUCAUGCAAGAUGGUGUGCGAGGAUUAUACACUGGUUUGACCGCUUCGGUGUUCAGGCAGAUGACGUACAGUGUCACAAGACUAGGUGUCUAUGACCUUAUGAAGAAUACAAUGUCAAAUAAUGGAGCAAAGAAGUUGAGAACGGGAGAUAUGGUCAUUUGUGCGAGUGUCGCUGGUGCUCUCGGUGGUGUUGCUGGAAACCCGGCCGAUAUCAUCCUUGUUAGAAUGGUCGCCGAUCCUACAAAACCUGCUGAGAACCAGAUGCACUACAGAAAUGCUAUCCAUGGCAUCUAUAAGAUGGUCAGCAAUGAAGGUGUUGCCUCCCUUGCUCGCGGUCUGGCUCCAAAUACUAUCCGAGCCAUCCUCAUGAACGCCUCUCAGCUUGUUUCUUACGAUUUCUUCAAGGAGCACAUUCUCGCCGCGAACCUCAUGGAGAACGGCAUGCCUCUUCACUUUGUCUCUUCUGCCUUGUCCGGUACCGUUGCUACCACCAUUUGUGCACCUGCGGAUGUGGUGAAGAGCAGAAUUAUGAACAUGAAGGCUGGAGCUGGUGGCCAUGGGCCUGUCGGCUUGUUGUUGGAGAGCCUGAAGCACGAGGGGCCAAGAUUCUUGUUUAAGGGCUGGCUUCCUGCUUGGAUUCGGCUUACCCCCAAUACCAUCUGCAUGUUCGUCUUCCUUGAACAACUACGUAAUGCCGUAGACCUCUUUAGGAAUCCCACCGCCAAGUCUCAAUCCGCUGCGUAGAUUGCCUAGACAUACCAAAAUCGAAAACUUCAUGGCUCUUGUCAUUUUUCAUAGAGUAUAGAAUCUUCAUCAUCGGCUUUUCAGCCUUUGAUAGAAGAUGUAUGAUUAGUAAUAACAUUUUAAUUGCGACUGAGUGUUCAUAGCGGUGCCAAGCAGUGCCAAGCGGUGCUACAUUUUUCAUUUUUACGCGCCUACGUCUACUGAUAUGGCUCGCUCUAGAUAAUGCCUUUUCCUUUGCCUUUUCAAUUAAACAAUAAGAUGCCUUAAAGAAGCGAGAUCUGAUGGUAAGCCAUUAUCUGACCACGAAUCUUCCUUCAUUACAUCUUUCAAAUAAUGGCCUUGUCUGCCAAAUCGAGUAUCCAAAUCUCCGAGUUGCUCGUCUCGUUGCGUCUGGCUGUCCAACAUUGCUUGAUGAAAAGUAUGAUGGUCUGAGUCGCCUGGCAUCAACCAUGACGCACCUGAAUCAGCUUUGAUGCGCGGUGUGUUAUCUCUCCAGCCGCUAAGAUCAGUGGCAAUGGAGUUUAUGCUUGCCGAAUCGUACGCGACGGCCACGGGAUUUCCGAAUUUGAGGUCGUCACCGAAGAAGUUUGUUGUUGAAGGGCACCGUUCAAAGUCAU